AUGUCCCAGGCUCAACCCGGCGAGAGCCGCAGCAGUGCUGAACAUUACACUGAACGGCGAACGCCCCCCGACUCUCCCAGUACGAGUCAACACAGCCACAGCUCGCCUUCGACAAGCCCAUCGUUCAAAUUCGACUCGCCCCCGCGCGGCGCAUCCACCGCCGGGUCGGCCACUUGGUCCUCGCCCCCACCGCAACCACCGCAAUGGGACGAUAAGUCUCAGUCGCAUGGGUCCGACCAAGAAGCAACGUCAGCGCCCAAAGCAGCGUCGGCCACGUCGUCCCCGGCUCAAAGCGACACCAAGCCACCCCCCUUUCAGGGUGUCAGUCGCAUGACUAGGCUCAGGUCUCUGGGCUCCUCAUCCGACCAAAGUCACGACGGAGACCGCGAGAUCGAAUGGGCCGGAUUGAAGGACUUUUUCCUCGCGCCGUUGACCGACGACAUUGACACGACGGUCGUCCCAGAGAUUGUGUGGGAAGACGGAAAGCCGACGUUGGUGAGUGCGUGCAGGGCACUUGAUGAACAUCGGUGUCUGGUGAACGUGCCCGAGCUGAGUUUGACCACCGAGUGAACAGAAGAGUCGAGGUCGCAUCUUGAGCUUCCAAGCAGAGAACAAGGACAACCUCUACCGCCCAAAGGCCCUCCCUGACCUCCUCGUUUUCACCCAUGAGGCUGUCAAGGCCAACCAGAACAUCGGAGCUACGUGGACUUCGGCCGAUGACGACCAGUGGGGUGGUCCUUGUAGCGGAACCCAGCUCGCUGCGGUUGCCGAAAUUGGCGCCCGCCCGAUCGAUGCUUCACCUCACUCCGACCUUGUCUACGGCGACGUGCGGCUAGAACGAUCCCUUCGCAUGCUCGUCUCGCAUUCGAUGCGAUCCCACGUGUUUGGUUUCCUCUUGCACGGGCAACAACUCGAAAUCAUGCUUCGUACUCCGAGUGGACAUUUUUGCAGCCCUGUGAUCUACUGUACCGAAGCGAGUGGGCACCUUUCGACUUUCCUGGCGAGAUUGCUUAGCUUGAGCGAUCGCGACGUCGGCGUCAUCGCGUCUCUGUGUGACGACGCCUUUCCCACCUCCUUCGCUUUCCCUUCCUCGGCCCUGCCCCCUCGACCUGCGCCGUUCAACGAACACCGAAGGGGAGAUCCUAGACUCGACGCCAUCCAGAUUCUUGAGCCGCUGUACUGGUCCGACUCCGUGUUUGGACGUCGCAGCUCGGCCUACCGCGUUUCCGCCAGGAGCGAAGGGACGACUGCCCACACCGAGUACGCGAUGACGGUGUCGUUCGUCGAAGAAGCUCGCUGCGACGAACACGAUCGCAUCCGUCUCGCCAUCGCCAACGCGUCACCCGAGGAUCGGCAAGGGCUCACCAACAUCGUCGACGUGUAUCGCGAGAGUGACUUUGUCGUUGUUCCCCGUUUCCUCCCUGACACCCUCGACGCCAGCGCGUUGGGUCUCAAGCCGCGAGCGAUGGAAGUCGUGUUUCACGAGCACUGCUUCGAGCCGAUCUGCGUCGCCGAUUCGACCGAAGCGCUGGCAACCGUCAUUCUGGGUGCUGCUCAAGGUAUGGAUACCGCAUUUGUCCAUCGGCGGAGAGGGAGGGGUCUUUACACCGUUUGGCUGAUCAUGAGGCUGGCACCCACCCACUACAGGUUUGCGCAGUCUUCACCGCCUCCGCAUCCUCCAUCGCGACGUGUCUGCAGCGAACGUCAUGGUCGCAUCCGAUGGUAGGGGAGUAUUGAUCGACUACGACACUGCGGUGUUCAUGGACGGGCCAGAGGGGGACGCCGAACGAAGGAAGCCCGUGGUGAGUUUCCUUGUUUCUGUGCGAAUUAUCACACCUCGCUGGCGCGCACCCUCCACUGACUGAAACCUUCACCUACUUGUUUUCGCAGGGGACGUUCCCGUUCCGCGCGCGAGACCUGCUAAAGAACGACGCGGAGAACGCUCCGUUCUUCCACCAGCCCUGGCAUGACUUGGAGUCACUCGUAUACGUUGCCGUAUUCGUUAUGUUCAUCCUGCCCAAAGGAGCUGACGACCCAGCGGGAAUGUAUGAGAAAGCGAGAGUCAUAUGGGAGCGAUGGAAUUCGGCCAGCGGCGCUUUCUAUAAAACUUUAUGGCUGGCGACGCCGCAGGGACGCCGGGAACUCUUCGAACCCUACGAGGAGCAUUGGAAGGGCGUGCCCGAGCUGGUGGCCAUCGUUGCCAAAUACAGUGGACUGGGUAUGCAAUGCCGCUUGUGGACCGCGCGGGUUGACGAAGCCGCCGUCCUCGGUCCUUGCUGGGCAAGGGGCGAUUUUUCACACGACCAGCUGAUUGCUGACUUGACACAGUUCAGACGAGGCCAUUCUUCGGAGGAUUGA